AAAUAUUUAAAACGCAAGUUUUAUUCUAGGGAUCUUAUUGUGAUUAACGAAACAUUUGAGGACCUAAUUGACGUCUAUGAAAGACUUAUGGAUUAAAGGGAACUUCCAAUCUUAAACGGCGCCGUUGUGAUGCUUCCCGUUCUGCGCCUUUCUGUUCCUCUUCAUCUCGCUUUUCCGGCUACCGAGAUCCCAGACAAGAGCAGACCUUGCACCACGUGGAAGGAGGAACCCUGCAAUUCCGUGCAAGUCAGCGGCAGAAGCAUGGUCUUCCGAUCAGCCUCAAUUUCUUUGCUGCCUAGUCCGUAUUUCUUUCUGCAGAUUCCAAUAGUGCAAGAGGAUAUAACUCUGGUUUGCAGGGAACUAAAUAAGCCUGUGAUUGUGGCUUCUCAACUUCUGGAGUCAAGGGUUGAAUAUCCGAUCCCAAAUCAGGCUGAGAUGUUGUCAGGUGAGUCAGCUAUUGGAUCAUAUGGACAGAAGGCUCUUGCUGUUUUACGGAUGGCCAGCAGUCGCAUGGAAUUUUGGAGUCGUGAGGAAAACAAGCAUGAUCUCCAAAAAUGUCAACUUGGAGUAUCAUUACCUGACUGCAUUGCUAAGCAGAUCUGCAAUUGUGCUGUUGAUAUGGCUAACAACCUAGGCGUGGAUGCCAUCUUUGUGUACACAAAGCAUGGACAUAUGGCAUCACUCUUGGCUCGCAACAGUCCAUAUCCACCCAUAUUUGCCUUCACUAAUAAUAGUGACACCCAAAUGGCUCUAAAUCUGCAAUGGGGGGUUUUUCGCUUGCUUGUUGAUCUUUCAUAUGAUAUGGAGGACGAAACUCCAACCAUCCCAAAUCCAACUGCUUUCCAGGCAAUCCAGGUCAAGAAGUUUGACUAGCACUCUCCAUGAGAGGAAGCUGAUGUUGGUGAGUCCAGAAGGUGAAGGAAUUGCAUCUGUAUGCCUUUCCUAUCCACUUGUUUGGGAUUUGAUGACAACUGACCAUUUAUACUGUUGAAAUUGUAUUGCAUAAAUUGUGCUUGGUUGU